AUGUACCUUUCCAUCUGUUGCUGUUUCCUCCUAUGGGCCCCUGCCCUGACGCUCAAAAACCUCAACUACUCGGUGCCAGAGGAGCAAGGGGCCGGCACCGUGAUCGGCAACAUCGGCAAGGAUGCUCGACUGCAGCCGGGGCUUCCGCCCGCAGAGCGCGGUGGCAGUGUCGGCAGCGGGCGAAGCAAGUCGGGUAGCUACCGGGUGCUGGAGAACUCAGCGCCGCACCUGCUGGACGUGGACGCGGACAGCGGGCUCCUCUACACCAAGCAGCGCAUCGACCGUGAGUCCCUGUGCCGCCACAACGCCAAGUGCCAGCUGUCCCUCGAGGUGUUCGCCAACGACAAGGAAAUCUGCAUGAUCAAGGUGGAGAUCCAGGACAUCAACGACAACGCCCCCUCCUUCCCCUCGGACCAGAUUGAGAUGGACAUCUCGGAGAACGCGGCGCCGGGUACCCGCUUCCCUCUCACCAGCGCACAUGACCCGGACGCCGGCGAGAACGGGCUCCGCACCUAUCUGCUCACGCGCGACGACCAUGGGCUCUUCGCGCUGGACGUCAAGUCCCGCGGCGACGGCACCAAAUUCCCAGAGCUGGUUAUCCAGAAGGCGCUGGACCGCGAGCAGCAGAACCACCACACGCUUGUGCUGACCGCCCUGGACGGCGGCGAGCCGCCGCGAUCGGCCACUGUGCAAAUCAACGUGAAGGUGAUAGACUCUAACGACAACAGCCCGGUGUUCGAGGCGCCCUCCUACUUGGUGGAGCUGCCAGAGAAUGCCCCACUGGGCACCGUGGUCAUUGAUCUGAAUGCCACCGACGCCGACGAGGGUCCCAAUGGUGAAGUCCUCUACUCCUUCAGCAGCUAUGUGCCUGACCGCGUAAGAGAGCUCUUCUCCAUCGACCCUAAGACCGGCCUGAUCCGUGUCAAGGGCAAUCUGGACUAUGAGGAGAAUGGGAUGCUGGAGAUCGACGUACAGGCCCGAGACUUGGGGCCCAACCCCAUCCCGGCCCACUGCAAGGUCACUGUCAAGCUCAUCGACCGCAACGACAACGCGCCGUCCAUUGGUUUCGUCUCCGUGCGCCAGGGGGCGCUGAGCGAGGCCGCCCCGCCCGGCACCGUCAUAGCCCUAGUGCGGGUCACUGACCGGGACUCGGGCAAGAACGGGCAGCUGCAGUGCAGGGUACUGGGCGGAGGAGGGACGGGCGGCGGCGGCGGCGGCCUGGGCGGGCCCGGAGGUUCUGUCCCCUUCAAGCUUGAGGAGAACUACGACAACUUCUACACGGUGGUGACUGACCGCCCGCUGGACCGCGAGACACAGGACGAGUACAACGUGACAAUCGUGGCGCGGGACGGGGGCUCGCCUCCUCUCAACUCCACCAAGUCGUUCGCUGUCAAGAUUCUGGACGAGAACGACAACCCUCCUCGUUUCACCAAGGGACUCUAUGUGCUGCAGGUGCACGAAAACAACAUCCCAGGAGAGUACCUGGGCUCCGUGCUCGCCCAGGACCCCGACCUGGGCCAGAACGGCACGGUGUCCUACUCCAUCCUGCCCUCGCACAUCGGCGACGUGUCCAUCUACACCUAUGUGUCUGUGAACCCCACCAACGGGGCCAUCUACGCCCUGCGCUCCUUUAACUACGAGCAGACCAAGGCUUUUGAGUUCAAGGUGCUUGCUAAGGACUCAGGGGCGCCCGCGCACUUGGAGAGCAACGCCACUGUGAGGGUGACGGUGCUAGACGUGAAUGACAACGCGCCGGUGAUCGUGCUGCCCACGCUGCAGAACGACACCGCUGAGCUGCAGGUGCCGCGCAACGCCGGCCUGGGCUACCUGGUGAGCACCGUACGCGCCCUUGACAGUGACUUCGGCGAGAGUGGGCGCCUCACCUACGAGAUCGUAGACGGAAACGACGACCACCUGUUUGAAAUCGAUCCCUCCAGCGGCGAGAUCCGCACGCUGCACCCCUUCUGGGAGGACGUGACGCCGGUGGUGGAGCUGGUGGUGAAGGUGACUGACCACGGGAAGCCCACCCUGUCCGCGGUGGCCAAGCUCAUCAUCCGCUCCGUGAGCGGCUCCUUGCCCGAAGGGGUUCCCCGGGUAAACGGCGAGCAGCACCACUGGGACAUGUCGCUGCCGCUCAUCGUGACUCUGAGCACUAUCUCUAUCAUUCUCCUAGCGGCCAUGAUCACCAUUGCCGUCAAGUGCAAGCGCGAGAACAAGGAGAUUCGCACCUACAACUGCCGCAUCGCCGAGUACAGCCACCCGCAGCUGGGCGGGGGCAAGGGCAAGAAGAAAAAAAUCAACAAAAAUGAUAUUAUGCUGGUGCAGAGCGAGGUGGAAGAGAGGAACGCCAUGAAUGUCAUGAACGUGGUGAGCAGCCCCUCCCUGGCCACCUCCCCUAUGUACUUCGACUACCAGACCCGGCUGCCCCUCAGCUCGCCCCGAUCGGAGGUGAUGUAUCUCAAACCGGCCUCCAACAACCUGACUGUUCCUCAGGGGCACGCGGGCUGCCACACCAGCUUCACCGGACAAGGGACUAAUGCAAGCGAGACCCCUGCCACUCGGAUGUCCAUAAUUCAGACAGACAAUUUUCCCGCAGAGCCCAAUUACAUGGGCAGCAGGCAGCAGUUUGUUCAAAGUAGCUCCACGUUUAAGGACCCAGAAAGAGCCAGCCUGAGAGACAGUGGGCACGGGGACAGUGAUCAGGCUGACAGUGACCAAGACACUAACAAAGGCUCCUGCUGUGACAUGUCUGUUAGGGAGGCACUCAAGAUGAAAACUACUUCAACUAAAAGCCAACCACUUGAACAAGAACCAGAAGAGUGCGUUAAUUGCACAGAUGAAUGCCGAGUGCUUGGUCAUUCUGACAGGUGUUGGAUGCCACAGUUCCCUGCAGCCAAUCAGGCUGAAAAUGCAGAUUACCGCACAAAUCUCUUUGUACCCACAGUUGAAGCUAACGUUGAGACUGAGACUUACGAAACUGUGAAUCCCACUGGGAAAAAGACUUUUUGUACAUUUGGAAAAGACAAGCGAGAGCACACUAUUCUCAUUGCCAAUGUUAAACCUUAUUUAAAAGCCAAACGUGCCCUGAGCCCUCUCCUUCAAGAGGUCCCCUCAGCAUCAAGCAGCCCAACCAAGGCUUGCAUUGAGCCUUGCACCUCAACAAAAGGCUCUCUGGAUGGUUGCGAAGCAAAAUCAGGAGCCCUGGCCGAAGCAAGCAGCCAAUACUUGCCCACUGACAGUCAGUAUCUGUCACCCAAUAAGCAACCAAGAGACCCUCCGUUCAUGGCUUCUGAUCAGAUGGCAAGGGUCUUUGCAGAUGUGCAUUCUAGAGCCAGCCGGGAUUCCAGCGAGAUGGGCGCUGUUCUUGAGCAGCUUGACCACCCCAACAGGGAUCUGGGCAGAGAAUCGGUGGAUGCGGAGGAAGUCGUGAGAGAAAUUGAUAAGCUUUUGCAGGACUGCCGGGGAAACGACCCUGUGGCUGUGAGAAAAUGA